AUGAAAUGUAAAAUAUGUGGAGACAAAGCAAUUCGACCAUAUCUUGGUAUUUUAGUAUGUCCUUCAUGUCGAAUAUUUUUCAAACGAAAUGUUAAAACAAAACAAACUCAACUCAAAUGUCGAUAUAAUAAAAAUUGUGAAAUAAAUCUUUUUAAUCGUCACAUUUGUUCAUAUUGUCGAUUAAAAAAAUGCUUUUCAAAUGGAAUGAAAAGUAAUUUACUUUGUAGUUCAUUAUCAAAACAAAAAUCAAACAGAAUUCAAAGAAAUCAAUCAGAAAAGUUUCCAACAUUAAAUCUUUUACGAUCUGAUCAAUCAACAUUAAACAAUGAUCAAUGA